UCAAAGCGUUAAUGGGUUUGGCUACGAAUUUUCGUAGCAUUGGCUACGAAAUCUCGUAGCAGUGACUACGAAAAUCGUAGCACACUGUAGCAGAUACGAAAAUGUUACGAUUAUUGAUAAAUAGAAACAGAUUGGAUUAAUAACGCUCGCUCGAACUGCCUCCAGAGUGGCGCGCUAUCAAUUAUGAAGAUCAAACACUCAAAGUUGAGCUUAGACCCUCGCGUGACUGAGCCACAUAGCGCCUAGCCGGCCGUGUAAUAUGCCAGUGAUUUGGCAGUCUUCAAAACAGCCUAUGUACGUGAGGACCGUCUGGGUAGACGGCUUCCGACACGCCAUCCUCAACACCGACGACCCCUACUUCCAGAUCCUGAAAGCGAAGAGGCGACCACAGUCCUCCAUCAGCUACAGGCAACACAGAAACUGCGACUCCCGCCUCAGCAAAGAGUUUGAAGGGUUGAGGAAACUGAACUUGGUCGUCACCAGCGACAAGUCCAUUCACCCUCGACCCAACACCGCGCAGCCUAGCGUAGAGAGGCUUGACUUGAAGGAUAUAGAGCAGGAGACUGAAAACAAGUUCGUGCUGAGGCCGAGAACAGCGCAGUUGAACGAGUUCGAAAGCGCCCGGCCCAAGUACGACAGCUUCAUCGACAUGAAAACGUUAAAGAGCAACCGGACUUGCAGGACCGAGGUGAAGGAGAGCACGGAACUGUCAGACAGAGUGCUACAAUGGCUGGACUUAGCCGGCAAAGUGGACUUACUAGCCCCAGAGAACGAUGCCACACGCAUGGCCCAGCCAAGGCACAGCUGGCCCGACGUGCAGAAACGAAACCACUUGACCAAGUCUAAGACAGCCGUGGACGUCAGGAAAGAUUCAGCGAAGGAGUCCCCGAAAGAGAUGGCGAAUGUCCUGUACGAGAGAGGAGAUAUCGAUCGCCAGGAGUUUUACGUGCCAGCUGCCGCCAACACGAUCGAGACCUACGCGCGGCUGUCACGAGCCGACAGGGCCACGCCACGCGACGCACGCAAGCCCAGAGACUACGUCAAAACAAAAACCAGAGACCUAAGACGGAACGUGCAGGAGACCCGGCAAAAGAUUGCAUCGGAGAGAAACGCCGUGGAGAAGCAGUACGCGGACUUAGUUAGCAGAAAAAUAUUACCUGAUUUCGGCAAACCGAAGAAGCAGGUGCAUAUUUUUAUUCCGGAGGCCGUCAAUAAGAAAACGGACAGCUUGAUAUCUCAAACUUCUUAAUGCCUAAUUAAUAAAUAAU